AUCAUUACCGAGUGUUAUAUUUAAUAUAAUAAACUUAUUGCAAUUAAGAAAGCAAAUGAAUACAUUACAUCAACAACCGAUAUUUCUUAAGUCUAUACAAAGCAGUGUUCCUUCCAUGGUCAUAAUGUAAACGAACGAACGAGAUUGUUUGCAUGUUCUAAAUGUUGUCAAUACUCAAGGGAAAUCAUCAAAAGGGCGAGUUCACCAUAGGCCUACUGUUUUCACAGAAUAGGUUCCGGGAAUAGCGUCAUCGUUAGCACAGUGUUCCCGCGCCGUUGUAUGAAAAUGGCGACAGGAGCGAGUGAUCUUACAUCGCAAGUGGUGAGAGGACAAGUUUUUGAGGUUGGACCUCGAUAUACAAAUUUAGUGUAUAUCGGCGAAGGAGCGUAUGGAAUGGUCGUUUCAGCAGAAGACAACAUUGAUAAAGUGAGAGUAGCUAUUAAGAAAAUAUCUCCGUUUGAGCACCAGACUUACUGUCAACGAACCCUUCGGGAAAUUAAGAUCCUAACCAGAUUCAAACAUGAAAAUAUCAUUGAUAUCAGAGAUAUACUGUGUCCUGAAACCAUAGACCAGAUGAAGGAUGUUUAUAUUGUCCAGUGUUUGAUGGAAACAGACUUGUACAAAUUACUGAGAACUCAGAAACUUAGUAAUGACCACAUCUGUUAUUUUCUUUAUCAAAUCCUUCGAGGUUUAAAGUACAUCCAUUCAGCAAACGUUUUACACAGAGACCUCAAGCCUAGCAACUUACUUCUGAAUACCUCCUGUGAUUUAAAGAUUUGUGAUUUUGGUCUUGCUCGAGUUGCUGAUCCUGAUCACGACCAUACAGGUUUUCUAACAGAGUAUGUGGCCACCAGGUGGUAUCGUGCCCCAGAGAUUAUGCUGAACAGUAAAGGCUAUACCAAAUCUAUUGAUAUUUGGUCAGUUGGUUGUAUUUUGGCAGAGAUGUUGUCCAAUCGACCCAUCUUCCCAGGAAAACAUUAUCUGGAUCAGUUGAACCACAUUCUUGGUAUUCUCGGAUCUCCAACUCAGGAGGAUCUUAACUGCAUCAUUAAUGAAAAGGCCAGAAGCUAUCUCCUGUCGUUACCAGGUAAACCAAAGGUUCCUUGGAAUCGACUCUACCCCGAUGCUAAUCAGCAAGCUGUGGACCUAUUAGACAAGAUGUUGACAUUUAAUCCUCACAAAAGAAUAACAGUAGAAGAGGCCUUGGCUCACUCGUAUUUCCAGGAAUAUUAUGACCCAGCUGAUGAGCCUGUGGCAGAAGAACCAUUCCGUCUUGAUAUGGAGCUCGAUGACCUUCCCAGAGAGAAAUUGAAAGAAUUAGUAUUUGAAGAAACUGUACUGUAUAAGGGAAAACUGCAGCAACAGCAGUCUUAAAUUUUUCUGAAGUCUCGUAAUUUAGUGCAUUUAUUCUUGUUUGGGGACAUCGUUUUUGGAGUAGAGCUUGUUGGCUGGCCAACUGGGAAGAAAAGACGGUAUUUUUCAAGACUUGGUUUUAUUCAUCUGUGCCAACUCUUAGAAUUUUUAUUAUUUUUUGUCUGUUAUAAUAAAGCUCGUUUAAAAAUGACUGAAGUUGGAAAAUGCAGAUUAAUUGUGUUUAAUUUAGUUGUUAGAUGUUACUUUGGCACAAGUUGUUUUCAAGCUAGUCUGCUGAGUUGUUUCUUCAAAUCAAUGUUGAUUAUAAAAAAAAAUUAUGUUGAAAUGUAUCCAAUGAAAUGUUUCGACAUACUUUGAAAGAGGAAAAUAGUUAAAUUGUGAGAAAGCUAUAAAUCGAGACAAAAUCAACCUGUAAUGAUCAGAAGUACAACAGCUCAGAUGUAUAAUUUAAUGUUUUUUAAGUUAAAAAAUUUCACUUUUUUUACAAGAUUUUUAUUUACUUUAUGGUGUAAAAAAUGAAAACAUGAUUUUGUCAUCUGUUUUUGCAUGUUUUAAUAUUUCGAAGAGAGGAAAGAGGUACCUUAUAAUAAUCUUGUUUAUUGGGUAAUGUUUGUGUUUACAUGAUGAGCUAUUAAUAGUGUAAAAAUAUUGACUGUAUAAUUAUGCUUUAUGUAAUUGUGUCAUCAAUUUUAUGCAAAUUGUUUUUGUGAAACACUUAUGCCUCCACUUUGACCUUGACCUUUAAAAGUUAAUCAGGUCUGAAACUUUGUAUGUAUUGCCUCUUUUAUAAGUUUGAUCCAAAUCCAUCCAAUCUUGAUAUAUCCUCUUCACAAGAUUGGGAUGGACAAGGCCCAAACCAAUAUGCUCUGCUCAGCUUCAAAGUGGGGGCAUAAAAAUGGUUCGUGACGAAACAGUUUGAAAUAUUCCACUUAUUUCUAAAAAAAAAAAGAAGAAGAAGAUGCAGUUGAGCUGAAACUCAUUAAUUAUUUUAAUGUUGAAACAUUUAAUAGUGUUAUAAUAAUAGUUUAACUUAUACUCACAGGUACAGGUAAAUUAUACACUUUAUUAUUUAGUCCCAUGUUCUAGAUCAAAGAAUAGGCUUAUAUCAGCUUCGUAACUGUUUCAUUUUCUUGGUAUUUAUAAAAUAAUCUAACAGUACGCUACUGUGCACAUUGUAGUUUGUUGCUCCAACCAGAAGUAAGGUAAACAUUCUAAUACUAAUUAAUGUUCUUUGUUCCAAAACUAAGAGAACAGAAGCAGUAAAAACUACCAAUGGAUAUAAAAUUUUAUCUUUUAGAUCUGGAAUCUUAUUAGUUUACUAAUUCAUUUAGUUACUGAUAAAGAUCUAGAAAUUUAAAAUUAUUUGCUAAUGGGACAUAUUGUGAGAACAAAUUGGCAGAUUUAAAUAUAUUAAAUGAAAUGAACGUAAUACUGUAAAUCGGAGAAAUUAGUCUUAAAUAUGCUUUGUUCUCCAAGUGAAGUGAAAAGUGUUUAGUUUUUUUGUACAAGAACGUAAAGAGGUGAUUGGUUAUACUAUUAGAGCUUACAUAAUACACUUAACAAAAUAUAAAUAUUUUCCUAGCAAGAUUGAAAUAAUUAAUAAUUUUCAUUUUCUGUUGAGGCUUAGGAAUUAUGUUCCAGAAGAUUCUUUUAAUAAAUUAUUGUGAUUAAAAGAGAAAUAGAUUUCAUGUUAAGCCUGAAAUUGUUAAGCCUUACCUUGUGUUAUCUGUGAAAGUAUAUUUCUUUCUUAGUUCUUUAGAGGAAGAGUUCUAAUUGUGUGUGGUGUAUACGGUAAAAACCUUGGCUGUAAAAACACGUUGACAAUACAAACAAGAAAAGUACAACUGAAAGGUGAUUCAGCCAGCAAGUAUUUUUAGCCAUUCCAGUCACACUUAGGUUAGCUUAAUUUGCUCAGAAGUACGUUUUAAUGUUUUAUAAUUUUACUUACAUUAUAGUAUUCAGAACUUCAACGAGAGAAAAGUAAGGCAUUUAUAAACUUACAGAUUGUGGAGGAAACAAAUGUGAACUAGUAAAGGUUCAAAUGAGGAUGUAAAGACACAAGCCUCGUUUCUCCAGUAGUUUAAACUGUGAAUGUAACUUUCACCAAGAUGUAGAUAUGAGAGUCCAGAAAAUUAUGCUUGUAUAAAGUGGAAAGUUUUAUUCAGAAACAGCGAGAUGUCUAAAUUCAUUUAUAUUUAUCUGAUCUUUUUUUUUUUGUCGGCAUUAUUCAGUGCAACGAAAAAUUCAUACAGAGGGCGUUCCACUGGGCACUAUCUUGAACACUGUUUACUUCCCUGUGGAGUUUACAGAAUUUAGAAACGAAACGAUGUUUAAAGCAUGCAUGAAUAGUUUGUGGUAGAUCCCUGUGUUAACUAAAGGCGCGACACUUAAGUGUGGUUGGCACGUGGAUUUCGGUGUGAACAAUAAGAAAUGUUAAUGUUAUUUAACAGUUUUAUGUAUAUUGUGAAGGUUAAGAAGAUUUCUUGAAUAUAGAUGAGUUCCCUGCUAAACACAUAAAUACGUUUGUUCAUAUCCUUUCGUAUAUCAGGGAAGGUAGGGUGUAAUUAAUUCGACUAAAAGGAUCAAGACGGAUUGUUGGUAGUCACUCAUCAUAUACGUAAGUCGACGCUUUAGAAUGGUCACAAAAUAACAGUAAACCUGUUGCUUAGUUGAAUUAAUAUUUAUUUGUUUCAGCCAUCUUGUAUAUGAUAGUGACCAGACUUCAUUUUUAUUUAAUGAAAAGGAACGGGGUGCAGUGGUCUUUGUGCAAGUGUGUGAAGGGUGAGGUCACGCACGUGGUGUUUGUUUGUUCAAGUGUAAACGUAUAUGUUUGUGAAGGGUGAGGUCACGCACGUGGUGUUUGUUUGUUCAAGUGU